AUGCACAUGUCAAACUGUUGCACAACAUCAAGGUACUCUGAGAUGGAGGUGUCAUUUAGCACCGCAGACUGGAUUCUGUCGCUGGGUGUUGGUGUGGAAAUCCCCAGAAUGGGGGAGAAAGCUUUCGUAGAGAAUCUGGCCUACAAUGCAGAGCAAGGUGUCAUCAUCAGCUGGGGCCGCCAAGGGCAAAAUCCUCGCUCAGAAGCAGAGGUUCGUCAGAUUUUCAGCCUGCACGGAUUUAUACUCGAUGAACUCGUGACCUCGUACUUAAGACUUUUCUCUGGCCUUGCACAUGCACCUGAGCGGGAUGAUUUAUUGGUCCUCAGAAAGGCAACGAGAAGCGCUUCAGAGCGCGGUCUGGUGGCUUUGGAACUCAUCGAUGAGUGGGGGUUUGAUCGAUGUGCUGCUGCAGGGGUGGAAAUGCAACACGGCCUCCAGGGGAAGGCAUCGCAGUAUGGCCCGCUUGGACAUGGUCGCAUGUGGGUCAGUGGCAACUGUGUUGGCCGCUUCCGUGCAGGAAGGUCAGGGGAGAUGGUCUUGUGCAUCAGUCACAGCAAGAGGUUUCGAGAAUGCGACCUGCCCGGCUUGGAGCCGGGCUUUGAACAGCUUUCAGGCAAACCGACCACGGGCAUGGGCAGGCAUAAGUGGGCACAUGGCUUUGCAUGGCUUUUCAUGAUCACCAGGUACCAUCUGAAGGCAUUUGGAUUGGUGAUGCCAGCCUGA